UUAUCUGCGAAUAUAUUUCGCGCCAUGUUCGAUUUCUGAGGUUUUGUUGAGAAAAAAACACAAGAUUGGAGACUUUGACAUUUCAUAUGGUCUGUUUCGUCAUUUUACUAGACAGAGAACAGUUAUAAAGGACCAGGAGAUGUUUCAUUGGAGGCUUUUAUAGUGGAGAUAAAAGGUUUUGUAAUGUGAGGAGCAGUGUAUUGUUCAGGAUGUAGGAAUGGAAAGGAUAUAAGAAUGGGAAGACUGAACGAUUAAGGGGUUAUUGGAAGAAAGAUUCUGCAAAUGCCAAAGAAAAGUUACACAAAGAUUAACAAAAGAUCUAGUGAUGUGGUGGAGAAGCAAGCCAUGGAUAGUCCUGUAAAACACGCUGGUUCUCCAAGCAAUGGAGAAGCUUUUGAAUUCCCUUUAACCAAAAAACGAAAGUGUAGCAAUGAUCAAGAAGAAGGGGGAAAGAGUACCCAAAUGGUAUCGCUAGAAUCAGUGGCUGGUAAUGAGAUGACAGAGUCACCUGAAAGUAAUAAAAAACAGUCUGGUCGUAAGAAGCAUAAAAAGCCUGAGCGUAAGGGAUCGCAAAGGAAACUUGGUUUUCAAUCUGACCUUUGUAAAAAGGAAGGUGUCACUCGUGGUAGUGCUGGGCAAAGCACUUGCGAAUAUAGUGACGUGAGAGUGUUACCCAAACAAGAUGACGCAAGAGAUAUACCCGAACAGGCUGAUAGGAGAAAGUUAACUCAGACUGUUAUUACCCAUGCCAAAGAUCAAAAGGGUCAAAAUCAGGGAUCAAAAUCAAGUGCAAUCAGUAACAAAAAAUCUAAGCAACAAAAAGUGACACAGGACGGAGAAUCUCACAGAAAAAACCUUGACUCUUGUGUUGUUGUAGUUAGAUUCAAUGAAGAUAAAAACAUUGCUGCUGGUUCAAAGCCCAUAGAUCAAGCUAAGCCAUGUGAGACAGGAUCUUGUAAGAGUGAGGAGAGUUCAGAUGAUGAUCUCAUGGAAGGACCUCUCUCAAGCCCAAGUAAAGUGAGCCUUGAGCUGAAUGAUGUGGUGUGGGCGAAGCUUGGCAGAGAACCCUUCUGGCCAGCGCAGAUCAAGCGUGUUCAAGGGAAGAAAAGUAACUGCAAAAGAUAUGUGAAGUUUAUUGGUUAUUCUUCUCAGACUUAUAUUGCUGUAAGACAGCUAGAACCAUUCAGUACAGACAAGAGAGAACAGUUUAUAGAAGAAGGGGAGAAAUUUUGCAGAGAAAAGUUUAAAAAGGCCCUCAUAGAUGCAGAGGAUAUUGUCAGAAAAAAGGCGCUUGGUAUUAGUGUUGAAUCUGAAGAGGAAGAUUAUCAGCUUGUUGACUUCCAGGAUGUUUCAAAUACACUUAUUCCUGACAUGUCACACUUUAGCGCAGAAACGAUGAAAAAUGAUGAAGAAGGCGAUACUACCCCCAGAAAAUCGUCAAGGCAGCGCAAGCAGGUAUGCCAGUACUCGCUGGACAUUCUGCCAUACAUUCGUCAAUCCAAGCCAAUUUUAAGACAGAUAUUUGAAGGAAAGAAAUACAGUGAGCGUCAUGACAUAUUCCGAAAUGGGAGCCAAAAACAGCGGGACAAGCUAAAAAGGCGGUCUGGAUUUGGCCCUGUCACAGAUGACGAUGUGCAACAUGACAUCAUGGAAAUGCUGAGAGAGUUUUACCAGGAGCUUGAUGAUAACCGCUUUGCUGAGACCUCUUAUGUAUCUGAUGUAAUGCUUCCCGAGGCAAUGAUUGCUGCCAUUCACUUUCGUGAUGGUUUGUCACUGAUGAGGGCAGAAGAAAUGUAUAUGAGUUUGUAGAUAAGCACAAGAUAGAUAAGGGGGUCCCCCUGAGUUAAGCCCCCAUCAUGCAUUGCCCUAGAUCUUCUUCCCAUCAGGCCUUGCCUUACCUCCCCUACCCAUCAUGCAUUGCCUUACCCCCCUAACCACCAUGCAUUGCCUUGCCUCCCAUAACCCAUCAUGCACUGCCUUGCCUCCUAUAACCCACCAUGCAUUGCCUUGCCCCCCAUAACCAUCAUGCAUUGUCUCACCUCCCCUAACCAUCUUGCAUUGCCUUGCCUCCAAUACCCGUCAUGCACUGCUUCACCCACUACCCAUCAUGCACUGCCUUACCUCACCAAACCCUUUGUACAUUUCCUUAUCAAACGGAGAUGAGUCACUACUGUAAUGACCGUUUACUUUGCACUGUUAUCAACACUCAAUGACUAUCAUUCAUUCUGAACAUGAAUCAAAUAAUUAUGACACAGGGCUGUAGCAGAGGGUGUUGCACUGGGGGCAUAUGCCCCCCGCCCUCAUUAUCAUUAAAGAUUAUAAGGAAAUGAACAGAAGGGGCAUGGCUGUGCCCCCCAAUACUUUUCUGUUUCUGUAUUGUUUCCCCCUCCCCAAUCUUACGUGGCCUGUUAUGGCGGUGUUACCAAAUCCAAUAACCUAAUCUCAUGUUCAGUGAAAUUGAGCUUUUCUUUUUCGCGAAAGGACACAAGGGUAGCGCGCAGGUGACCAUUGCACUAGCAAUUUUGUCGCGCGACAAAGCUGCGAUUUUCAAUCGAUUUUAACGCAACAAAACAACGCAUGUAGGAAGUCUGCAAAUUCACGGUGAUUUCACUGCGAAGAGUUAUAGAUUUAUCGCAAAUAAUUCGGGCAUGUUCGAAACAUUUAUGCAAAUCGAUGCAAUCUUUACACAAUGCUUUUUGAUUUAUAAGUAACUCAAAUUAUCCUUGUUUUCGACAAGGACUGGCAUAAAAAUCGCGCGCCAAAAUUUGCUAGUGUUUAAAGGUCUCGAUCUCAACGAGCGACAGUUUAGGCAGGAUUACAUUUUCUCUCUCUCUCACUCUACAACUCCCAAUCGCCAAUGCAAACGUGAUGCAGCAUCCACGAUUUUGUGUGGCAGCGAUAUCGCACCGGUUACGAACAUGUUUGAAAUCUGUACAAAUAAAUACAAAAAGCCCAAAUAGUCGUGUUCGUAAACCAGAAGAAUGAAUACAAUACCCCAAAAACUGGAAUUCGAAUCUGCCAUAUUUUCGUCUUUAAUAAGAAUUCUUAGGGCAGACUGAAGAAGUCUUAUUAAAGACGAAAAUUUGGUAGAGUCGAAUUCAAGUUUUUGGUGUAUAUUAUUUUGAAAUCUGUACGAUAUCGCUGAUCGCAUUGCGAGAAAACUUGCCGCGAUAGAUGGGACAAAAAAAUUGCAUCAAAGGUCGCAAGUGUAACACGGCCGUUAGGAAGAGUCGGACUCUCAUUGAAUCUUCAAGGGAAUGAAAAAAACCCUUGCGUGUGGCCUUCCUUUUUUGGUAUUGCUGUAAUGUUGAGUAUGUGACCAUAGUUAAUGCCUAACAAAUCAAUAAAAGAGUAAUAUUAAAUGAG